AUGCGAAUUCUCAAGAUCGGGACUGGCCACGAGCUGGCGCCCUUGCUGCUAGGAAUGGUGAAAGCCAGUUUGGCCUCCGAGGUGGAUUAUUCUCAGUAUGUCAACCCUUUUAUGGGAUCCGAGGGCCCUUAUCCGGGUCAAGGUUAUGGAGGGGGUGACAUCUUCGUCGGUGGUGCGCGGCCCUUUGGAGUCGCGAAGGUAGGAAUCGACACCACCGCUGCGAACUGGAGUACGGCGGUGCUGAACGGGGGGUGGACGCCUGAUGGGAAUGUCACUGCAGUCAGUAUGAUGCAUGAGAGCGGCACUGGGGGCGCCCCGAAGUACGGCCUCAUUCCCCAGAUGCCCUUAACUUCGGUCACAAGCCCGGUGAAUAUACUGGAUAACCUCACAUACAGCCAGCCCAGAGUUGGUAAUGACUCAGCCAGUGUGGGGUACUUCAAAACACAACUGCAGAGUGGUGUCCAGAUAGAACUGUCCGCCUCUCGUCAUGCCGGUAUCAUGCAGUAUAUGUUCCCUGAUGGCGAGAAGCAUGUGUUGGUUGAUCUCUCUCAUUACCUUCCGGGAUCACCAGGUGAUGCGAACGGCCAGUUCUAUGUCGGCGGAGAGAUCCAAAUUGAAGAUGGUGGGAAAGCAUAUACCGGCUAUGGCACGUAUGUUGGUGGCUGGAACAACGGCGCGCCUUUUACGGUUUAUUUCUACGGCGAGUUCUCAUCGGCACCAGAAAUGGCUCAGACCUUUACUGGUACCAACACAGACCCAAUGCCGCGAUAUCAGAACCUAGCAAACGGGGGUGUGGCCCAGCCAACAUAUGGGAACAACUCUGACAAGGCAACCUCGGGACCGAUGAACGAUCGCAUAGGAGUGCUUUUCAGCUGGGACUCUGAGUCGAGCUCCCAAAUUAUCUCUCGGGUUGGCAUCUCGCUCAUCUCCACGGAACAGGCCCAGUCAUACAUAGCGGCUGAAAUCCCUUCCUGGAGCCUUAACGACACCGUGCAGUCUGCGGUAGAAGAGUGGAACCAGGAUGUUUUGGGUAAGACACGAGUGUCUCUCGAUAGCGCAGCAAACAUGACAAAUGUUAGGCUGCUUUACAGCUCUCUUUAUUUUAUCCACCUGAUGCCUUCUGAUCGGACAGGGGAAAAUCCCCUUUGGCAGUCAGAUGAGCCCUUCUGGGAUGAUUUUUAUACGCUUUGGGAUAUCUUUCGCUGCACUGUCAGCUUCUAUCAUAUAUAUCAGCCCACCUACUACGAGUCCAUGAUCCGAGGGCUCAUUGACAUUUGGAAACACCAGGGCUUUCUCCCAGAUGGACGCUCGGGGAACUGGAAUGGGCUGGUUCAGGGUGGCUCCAAUGCGGACAACAUGCUGGCAGAUGCCUACGUCAAGGGUUUGCGCGGCGCAAUCAACUGGACGGACGGCUAUGCUGCAAUGAAGACGGACGCAGAGGUUAUUCCGUACAACACCUAUGAUCCUACUGAUCUUUCCGCCAGUACCAAAGAGGGGCGCGGCGCCUUGGGCGACUGGCUAGAGCUCGGAUAUGUGUCGGAAGAUCAAAACACACGUUGCAUCUCCAGGACUGUGGAGUACAGUCUCAAUGACUUUGCCGUGAGUCAGGUCGCCAGCGGAGAAAGUCCGGGCGACCAGGAAAAGUACAUGAACCGGUCUGCUGGCUGGCAAAAGAUAUGGAACCCCGAUGUGGAGAGUUUGAACUUUACCGGAUUCCUGGCGCCCAAGUUCUCGAAUGGCACGUUCAACAAUACCGGUUAUGAUCCCCGUUACUGCUAUGAAUGCGAAUGGCACGCGUAUACCUACGAAGGGGUGCCCUGGGAAUACUCCUUUGUGAUACCUCAUGAUAUGGAAACGUUGAUUAGUCUCAUGGGCGGAGCAGACACUUUUGACUCCCGGUUGGACAUCAUGUUUGAGCCGAAUAUGUCCGUCCAGAAUCUUGGUUCAAACGGCGCUGGAAUCACAACGAUCCUUAACAUUGGAAACGAACCUGACUUUGCAACCCCGUAUCUUUACAACUACAUCAACAAGCAAGCUAAGAGCGUCCAGAGGUCCAGAGGACUCGGAUAUCAAUACUUCAAAGAUGAGGCCUACGGGGUCCCGGGGAACAGCGACGCAGGGGCCAUGAACUCGUGGCUCUUGUGGCAAAUGCUGGGGAUCUACCCCGUUGUCACGCAGCCCGUGUAUCUCAUUGCGUCUCCCUGGUUCCCUGACCUCAACAUGACAAUCAACGGGAACCAGACAUUGCGUAUCAUCGCCAACGGACUGGACGAGGGCUACUACGUGCAGAGUGUGAAGAUCAAUGGCCAAUCCUGGACAAAGAACUGGUUCGACCACGAGGAUAUCAUGGCCCAGGGAGGCACACUCGAGUUCGAACUCGGCCCGGAAGCAAAAGACUGGGAGACUGGAAGUGUGCCUCCGUCACCAGGGCACCGGAUUAUAUGAGCACACCACUGGGUCGCCUGUAUACAGCGACUCUAAUCUAGUUAGACACCUCAUUGGUGGGUUCCAGUCAUGACGAAUCCACAGAAUUCUGGCCUGCCAUAGGAGAUACCAUCGAGCUUGAUCAUCACCUGAUUGAUGGGGUAUCUUGUGUACGACGCAUGCCUUUGACCUCAUUGGCAAAUCGU